AUGGGCAGUAACCUGGGCAAGCCGGGACGCCCGCCGCGGGCGCCGGCGGGAGGGCGCGCAAAGGUGCCCCGCAGGCCUGUCAACCGCCGGCCGGUUCAGUCCCUUCACCAGGUCCACCGGGUCCAGUACGUCCACCGCGCACACCCGGCCCCGCGGCUCAGACCCUGGAGAAGGCGGCAGACCUGGGAUGCCGCCAGGCCCACCGUGCGGGUGGUCGGUGAGGACGGGAGGCGCUUUCCCAUAAGGAGGCCGCAGGAUUCCAUCGUAGGGCCUCUUCCCUCAGCCUUGUGGGAAAGUUACUGGAAUUUCAGGAUUUGGUCUCCUCGGCAGCCCAGGGCACCAUGGAGCCCGGUGACCAUCAAGAUCUCUCCUCCAGAACAGAGAGGGGUUGCCUCCAAGUCCCCAGCACAGAUCAGCUCUGUGGAGUCCUCACCCUCAGAGAAGCCCCCUGGCCCAUGUGCAAAGGAGACAGUGCUGAGGGCUCUCAGAGAGUGCAAGAAGGGGAGAGUGAGGACACAAGAACCACUCUUCCCUGAGGGGCUGCACAGUGAGAAGAGUCCAGACACCAAGCCAUCUGCAUUUAAGCCUCUGGUGCAAAAUGGAGUCUGCACGUCCUUUGUGCCCAGGCCUGGGUCUCUGAAGAGAAGCCUGGACGCCGGGAGCUCAGACCACAACUUGCAUAAAAGGCCCAGUCGCUCCUCGGUGAGCUCCUGGGUGAGCACACAGACAGGCGGCCCCUGUAGCUCCAAGAGAAACGCCAUCACCAGCUCUUACAGCUCUUCCAGAGGUUUCUCUGAGCGUUGGAAGAGAAGUGUUCCCAGGGCAUCAUUCCAGAUGCCAGAGUGGCCAAUAAAAAAGAAAGAAAAAGGCCAUCAGCAUCGCUCUCCAGUCCCACUGGUAUCAGAGGAGUCCCCAGCAGCAUCUGGCUGCACGAGACAGCAGAACCAGAAGACUCCAUGGCUGCUCUCCAGCCCUGCGAGCCCCCCGACACUGACCUCACCUCCCCAGCUUGGGGGUGCAGUCCCCAAAGGGGACCUGGGCUUGAAGAAAGCUGGAGUCCAGCAGGGCCACGAAACCAGAAAGGAUGCAACAGAGGUCACCACAGCCUCUGUCCACAACUCUUGGUCCCCUGUUCCACCCUGCCUAGCUCUCACCCUGCCUCCUGCAGGUGCAGCUCCCACCCAGGGCACAAACCCUCAGGUGGGGUCUCCAGGUCUGCUGGCCUUCCCACCUGCUGGAGAGGGCAGCAGUGUGGCCCCUCCACCUCCGAAGACACCCAGCCUGCUGGCCCCACUCGGGUGCUCACGGUCAGAGCCUCUCCCAGGUCCCUCUUCAGACACAAAGCCCACGGCUGCUGUCACCCUUCUGAACCCUGCUUCUCCCAUAUCACCAGUCACUGACACCACACAGCCACCUGUGACCUCUCAGGCUGACUGGUCAGCCAGGACCCCAGACCCACGUGCCAUCACUCCUGCAGCGCUCUCUACACAAAGGACUUUGUUUGGGAAGGUGAAGAAACCAGCUGGCCAUCAUUCUACACCUGCAUCUCCUGCUACAACCUCUGCUGACCUCAUGUUGAAAUGCAUUUGGGGGCCCCCAACCAACGGAGAGACUGCAGACACCUCGCAUCCCAGAAUCUUAGUCACAGCUGUGGCACCUCCACCUCUGAGCACCGUGACGCCCACCUUCAAGCCUGUGUUUGGCGGCACAGGACCACUUACAACUCUGCCCGUGACAGCUCCUUUCACUUUCAAGCUGGCUUUUCCUCCAGCUCUUCCUGCUUCUACCCACGCCCCCCAUGGCCUGCCCCAGGCUACCUCUGCAAUCAUGCCCACAACCCCAGCCAGCACAUACAAAGGCUCUUCUUUCAAGCCAUCUGUGCGUUGUGAUGCAGUGGGUGUCACCAGUACUGUGGGCACCACGCCCUCUCUCCCUUCCGCUGGGCACACUUUCCUUCUUGGGGCUGCCCAAGCUGGCAGGGCCAACUUCUCCCCAGCCACAGGUUUCACAGUCCUAUCUCACCAGUGUCCUGCCACUCCUACAGCACACAGAGUCACCUCCUUUAGCCAGGUUCUUCCCAGUGCUGUUCAGAUAUCCCCUAGUAGAAACAAUGCCAAUCUUAGGGGUAUGGGCAGCCUUCUGCCAGCCUCAGCCCUCGGAACCAGAAACCAGCCUGCACUGUCAUCUGGCAUCUCCAAACCAACCUCAAUAUUCACAGUUCCCUGGGGGUCAAGCUCAAAGCCACCUUUCCCACGACCCUUGGGAGUCACUCCCCAGCCUGCAUUUGGGGCAUCAGGUGAGCAAAAGCAAAGGGCCCCCCAAGCAGCCCUUGGCCCAAGCUUCAAUAGCCCUUUCAUCUUUGGAAACUCAGCCGGACUGUCCCCAACCCAGGCCCCAAUCCCAACCCCAGCUCAGCCGGCCAUCAGCAGCCACACUCAGCUGGCCUUUGGGGCGUUGAUACCCUCAGCCUCCACCUUCCAUGUCCAGCCGGGCUUCAGCAGCACCCCAGCAGGCUUUCUCUUUGGUCAAGCUAGUGCCAGUGGUUUUGGAUUUGUCACCCAGAGUGGGGUUUGUGGCUCAGUGUUUGGCAGCACAGCCCCACGACCUUUUGCCUUUGGGGGAGUAGUGACCCCUAUGGACUGUGGGGAGUCUGGGGUCAGUGUGACUGCCCCAGACAAGAGCUCCAACUCUGGAAUGUUCUAUGUUGGAGCAAGGCAGGGGGGGGCCGCUCGUACCGUCACACCCUUUGGGAAAGUCUGCAGCCAGAGCUCCCAGGGCCUGACCAGCCACAGCACUCCUUUUGCCUCAAGGAGGGCAAGCAUUUCUGCAAGAAAAACUGUGUUUCGGGCCCCCCACAUGGUCCCCUUGGCUCAGAGCACCCCUGUCCCUGGGCCAGUUAAGACAGGUAGCAGCCUUGGCUUUGGGGUCCCCUCUCCACAUGCUCAGGGCUCCGUUGGGAGAGAGUCUUUCAGGUCAUUGGCCCCUUCAUUUUCCUUCGGUGCAAAACCCAAAACCCCAAAGAAUCGUGAGCAAGGGCACGCCCGGAGGCAUCGUGCCCACAGGAAAUAG